ACUCCAUUCAUCGUAGAGAUAGCCUCCUGCUCCCCCUCUCUUACUCACGUACCUCCUCCUCCUGCCUCCUCCUGCCCCCCCUCUCUUACUCACGUUAUUGGCCCCUAAUUUGUGACUUUCCUACGUUAUUGGCCCCUAAUUUGUGAUUUUCCUGAACAUGACACCUUUUCUUCUCCGGAUCUGCAUUCCACCUGUAGUAAUUGUGGGAUUAUAUAUGUAUUCGUGUUCAUUCUUAAUUUAAACUAGACCUAGCUGUAUAUACUACAAAAUUUGUUAAACAUGCGCUGGGCAGGUUUCCAUGAUGAGUUCGUAGCCUUUAUGAAGUUCUUGCUGAUUGUUUUCUGUAAUCAUCGCUCAUUUCUCGUCUCCAUAGCACAAAAUUUGAUUCUUGCAUCUAACCUUACCGGCGUGUUUACUGAACUUUGUAUAUAUGAAUUUCACCUCGUAUUUUCUUCCUGGCUUGAUAAGAACUGAACAAUACAAUUUGCUUUCUCGUGUCCAGUAUUCCAGAUUGAGUAAUGCUAGAGAUAUGCGACCCGUAGACCGGUUUAUGAAAUUCUUUAGGUGUAUUUUUCUUUCAUGUACAUAGCUAGAAAUUGUUUGAUAUACAUUUUAUAUGGAUAAACAAGGCUUACUGUACGUAAGGCUUGAUACUACCCCAUUUCAAAUAACUAAGGGAAUCACUAUUUCUCAGAUGCAAGAUAUUGGUUUAUUUUAUUUCGUAUGCCAUGUUUUUUGUUUCAGUUCUUUGUUUUUUCAAUCCAUUUGCUUUCUUGCAAUCUUCGUGAUAACAGAGAUUUGAGAAGGAUCUGUCUCUAUAGCUGUAGAUUUGAGAAGGAUUUGUUCUUUCUAUGUGAAAUAUUUGAAAACCAAAUGCAAAUCGUUGCAAUAUUUAGCCUUCAGUACUUAUAAUGCACAAAUAUAAAAUUAUGUUUUGCUAUUAUGUUCUUCUAUUCUAGAAUCAUUUCUCUAAUCUGCCUAUUUUGAUCAUGAAAUUAAGUCAAUUUCUUCUACUAUCUUCAUGUGCUUGCGGAUAGGAUUCUGAAAGCUUAUAAACUUAUUUUCAAAGCUUGCCUAAUAAUUUUAUCAUAUAAGUUGAAAUUCAGUAAAACAUUCCCACUUGACAGUGAUCUAUUGUUAUUCCCUUAAAUGUUGAUCCAAGUGUCAUAAAUGGCACAAGAUGCAGUUUUGAUUAGAUUUUGAGUGUGAAAUUUAUACUGUCUUGCGGUGAUGCAUGAUGUUAUUUAUUUCAUUAGAGAAAGAUAAGUGUUAACCUAUUAAGUUAAUUUGGGUGACAGAUUUAAUGCUUAUGUUAAUUAUUUGCAGUUUAUUUACGGGAGAAAAUAGUGGUAGUUUAUUUAUUGUCAUUGGUUAAGACUGCUGCUAUUAGAUCUAUAUGGUUGCGGUAUAUCUUCAAUUAUUUGCUAAAUUGAGGGAUUAAUGUUCCGCUAUUAGGUUAAUUAGGCUAGCAGCUUUUAGCACUUCUCAUCUAUUGGUUCAGCUAUUAUUUUCUGAGAAAAAAAAUUUACCCUUGCUUUGUCCCUACAGGAUAAUGACUACCUGAUAGUGAUUCCUUAUGCUCACAUCUUUGGCCUCAUGCUGCAAGCUCUAAAGCUGCCCCCUGCAACUUACCAGCACAAAAUAUACCCAGGCGGAAAGAAUCGUGUGAUAGUGACUUUCAUUUCUACUUUGGAAUUGCUAGAUGGUUCACUUGUCCCGAGUUCUAUACCAGGUGCAAUCUUAGAUAGCUAUGAAGAUGCAGAAGACAGUGCUGCUAUGGAGGCUAUUAGAUUCAUGGAGAAUGCAUAUGGCAAAGAAAUGAGGGGCUACCACUACACCCAUGUCAAGAGGCUAGAAAAUCAAGUGACGCACCUGGUCAAAUGGUUGACUUCAUCCAAUGAGACAAUCAAGAAGCUGCGCAAAACAUGCUACUACGCUGUCAGGUACAUGAACUCAUAUUCUGCCCAGAUAGAAAACACAACAGCUGCUCGCCACCUGAAAGGUCAGGACAACACCAAAGGAGUUAUGAAAACAGCUCUUGCAAGCAUCGAAGGACUGACGCAAAGGCUACGCUACAUUGCUAUGAAGUUUGAGCAGCGCCUUGAAGCAACCAGAAACAGUUUCUGGUAAACUUUGCUGAAUGUAUCCUGGAUAGCGUGCUUCAUCGGUUACCGCAACAACCACCUUUUGUUUCAUAUCUAUCAGACCAGCAUCUUUCCCAUUUUGGACUACUCCCAACAAGAUAUGUAUAGACUUUAGUCCUCCCUUGCUGCCUCUAUGGUGAAAAGUAGUCUAUGAUGUAGUUUACGAUCUUUAGAUUUUAUUGUUGUCAUAGUCAAGAGCGGUUUACCAUCGCUUAUUGUAUAUAUGUGAAGGUCUCCUCUUCUACUGUUGUUUCACAACACUAUGACCGAAGAAAACAACCUUUCCUUUUA